AUGUCGAAGCACCACCCCGGCUCUACAGCACAUACUCAUCGUCUGUUGCCAAAUCGCCGUUUCAAAUCAUCCACUUCCCGUUUCCAUCUACCUUUAACGGCCAAGAAGACUCCAAGUUCAGUCAAUAACCCCAUGAAUUGGACCGGAGGUAGGCUCUUCCGUCAUUCUUUCAAAGACAAGAGCACACUCAAGGCCCGCGAAAAACUACAUUUUGCCAAAGCACGAAGGUUGGCAUUCAAGGGUCGAAGAGCGGCUCUGUCGCCACUCAGAAUAUCCGGAUCUGCCCUCGAGCUUCAAGGGGCUAUAGGGCCAUCGACCAUCAAGUUUAAGGGGAAAGGAACUGGACUAGAGUAUUCUAAGAGCACUGAUAACGGUCAGUAUUUCAAGGGAGAUGAAAAUCCGGAGCCUCCUUUGAAAACGCGAAGCCACCAGCCGCCUAACGGGCAUUUCAAUAAACCACCCAGAAGUCGAGGAGGCCAGUUCCUGGAAGAGAGCCUUUUAAGAUCCCCUACAGCACGGGAUGAAAGCAUUGAGGCCAUACGCCGCAGGCUCCUCCAAAAGAACGACUGGGCCGGCCUUUCCAUCUCACGUCCGCUGAACGUGCACUUUACCACCGAAGAGGAAAGAUACAACUGCGGUCGAAGGCGACCCCUCACAGAAGCAGAUCGGGAGAGGCUGACGCUUGCCGGAAAGCAGCGAGUCCCUAUAUUCCGUUCCUACGAGUGGCCCUCGAAGAAGCGGAAGAAACAAAACAGGGACGAUGACUCCUCAACUGCGCAAAACCUUGAUGCCAUCAGUAUACGCAUUAAUGAGCAGAAAAUGGUACCUUUGACCCCCCGACUGCGAACAGAAAGCCAUUUUCUCAGCCAGGCUUCGUCGGAGUCAAUGUUGCUCGACACAGAGGAGGCUAUUGAGGGUUACGACUUUGAGUCAUCGUCUAUAAUUGUGAAUCCAAGAAGUAGUGGAAAUCUAGACGUCUUCUGGAACCAGGAUAAUGAUGAUUUAUCAGCAAUCCAAAAUCAGGAAACUGAGGAACUAGGUCAAGGAGCGACACGUCUACCUUCUUCAGAGCUAUCUAGGCUUCCGGUCUUAGAUAGAAACGGUACGUUCACCGCCCAUGGACACCAAACUAAGUACAUCCCGCCGGGUUCGAGGGACUUUGUAAUUCUCAAUGAGAGGCAUCUGAAAGCGGUAGAGACGUCCUCGGGUGUGGCUGGGUGUGGGAGAAAAGCCCUGAUAGGCGAAUUAACUGGCAAGCAUAACAAUCCUCCUUUUUAUAAGGGAUAUGAAAUGCCUAAGGGACAUAUAGCAGACAGCUAUAUGGAAAGACAAAUGCACCCAAGCCUAGCAAAACCAUCAAGGUCGGUCUUCUUUGGUCAGACCGUAGAAGAAAGGGCAGAUGAUUUCCCAAAUGCAGACGAAAUUUGGAAACGACUGGUGUUCGGACCAAAAACCGAAAGAACACGGGCCAGCGAGAAAUUGGACUCCCCUUUCUUCGCAAGCAGAAAACCAAUUGGUAUCGAAGAUACCAGCAGCAUCAGUGAAGCGGGUGAAUCGAAAGACAACAUCACCGUUCCAGGCGAAGCAUCCACUACCAGUGAUACAUCCAAAAUUGCCAUAAAUACGUCGAUAAACUGCGCUGCAUCGGUUGUUGCGGAUGGCCAGUUUAUGCCUUCAGAAACAGACUUUUUGUCACAGUUCAGCCCAAAGGGGGGUUAUAUCGAAGAAUUUCUGGGCGGGAUGUCAACGUAUAACAAUGAUGCAAGUCCAAACCAGUCGAUUUAUUUAACUUCACCGGAAGCGAUGCCAAAAAAAUCAGAACAUACUGCAAGAUUUGGAUGA